UGGUGCUGCUGAGGCCGGUGACUGUGACGGUGGCGGUACUGGGGCCGGUUACUGUGGCUGUGGUGCUGCUGAGGCCGGUUACUGUGGCGGUGGCGGUGGUGCUGCUGAGGCCACGGAUGUUCGGAAUCAAAUAAUCGUACUCGUUGUCGUCGUCCAUCUGCGAUGGUGGGUGCGGUGCGAUGGUGGUGCUGCUGGGGCCGGUGACUGUGGCGGUGGGGAUGUACAAAAUCGCAUAUUCGCUGCUUUUCGCGUCCGACAUUAUUGGAGGUGACGCGUUGCUGUUUCGAUGACCAGCAAGGCACCGGUGAUGGCGACAGCAGGCGCGGAAUCUAGCAAUGCAACGUCCUCAGCGGCCACAGACGUUGCGUCGAUCGCGUUCCGAUGUGGGCUGUGCGAUUUGAGCGAACAAUGUGACUACCACGGACGGCGGCCACCGUUCGCCGGGAAGCUGAUAGAGCUGGCGGAAGAGUGUUACGUGAUGCGUGACCCAUUUGCGCCACCACCGCACGCCGUACCUGACAAGCCGCCGUGCGAGUACUUUCUGGUGCUCGGUGCCGACUGCCACCUAUGCCGGCAGCCGGUGUGUAAAGCGCCCGAUUGCAGCUUCUUCUACGGUGCCACCUUCUGCCGGAGGUGUUGCCACGAGCGGAUACAGGACUUUCCACUCGAAGUAAGAAGCAAAAUAAAGAAACAAUUCUCUUAG